UUCCAGGAAAACCCCAUUUCUGGUCGCAAAGCCGAUGUCAUCAAGGCGGCUCAUCUGUGCGCCGAGGCCGCCCUGCGCCUGGUGAAACCCGGAAACCAGAACACACAAGUGACGGAGGCCUGGAACAAAAUCGCGCAUUCGUUUCACUGCACGCCUAUCGAAGGUGAGGGAAAAUGGGAUUUUUGGGGAAACAAAAGGGAUUUUUGGGAAAAAAAAUGGAUUUUGGGGGGGAAAAAAAGGGAUUUUUGGGAAAAAGGGAUCUCAAAGGAAAAAGGCGAUUUUGGGGAGAGGAAUUCCCAAGAAAAAAGGGAUUUCUGGGAAAAAAGGAUCACAGGGAAAAGGGAUUCCGGUCCAUUUCCAGUUUCCAGGAACUUUUCCAGAAAAUUUUUAGGUUUCCAGGAACUUUUCCUGGAAAUUUUUAGCUUUCCAGGAACUUUUCAACUUUCUCAGAAGUUUUUCCCACCCCGAUUCCCAAAUUUUUUUUUUUGCAGGAAGGACCACGAAAAAGCCGAAUUCGAGGUCCACGAAGUUUACGCUGUCGACGUCCUCGUCAGCAGCGGCGAGGGCAAGGCGAAGGACGCCGGGCAGAGAACCACGAUUUACAAGAGGGACCCUUCGAAGCAGUACGGCCUCAAGAUGAAAACCUCCCGUGCCUUUUUCAGCGAGGUGGAGCGGCGCUUCGACACCAUGCCCUUCACACUCAGGUCCUGUCAGGUUAACCCCUGUGUCCCCACAGGUCCUGUCAGAUUAACUGCUGUGUCCCCACAGGUCCUGUCAGGGAUUUCAGCCCCCAGGUCCUGUCAGAUUAACCCCUGUGUCCCCACAGGUGAGCUGGUGGCCCAGUUCAAGUUCACGGUGCUGCUGAUGCCCAACGGCCCCAUGAGGAUCACGAGCGGCCCCUUCGAGCCCGAGCUCUACCGCUCCGACCUGGAGGUGCAGGACGGCGAGCUCAAGGCUCUCCUACAAAGCUCCGCCAGCCGCAAGACCCAGAAAAAGAAGAAAAAGAAGGCUUCCAAAAACGCCGAAAACGCCACCACGGGAGAGACGGCGGAGGAGAACGAGGCCGGCGACUGAGAACCCCAAAACCUCUCAAAUUGUCCCCUUUUUCCCCCCCAAAAAAAAAAAAAAUUGACAAAACCCCACAAAAUCCAACAAAAAUUCCAUCCAGAAGCAAAAUAAUCCGGCGCCGUCGUCGCUUCGGGAAUUCCUGGUGAUUCCGAGCAGCUCCCAUUGGAGGGAGGAAACUCUCAGCGACUUGGAAAAAUGUCAAAAACCCCAAAAAAGUGGCAAAAAACCCCACAAAAAAUUAGGAUGAAAGUCGCUGUUAAAUCUGAAAAGUUUUUUUUUUUAUAUUUCCCACUUUUUGGAGAGUUGAAUCCAUCCUGGAUUGCAGGGAGAGGGAGGGGAGGGAGCUGCUGAUUCCUUCCUCCUCCUCUUCCUCUUCCCUUUUUUUUUAUUUUUUAAUUUUUUUCCCUUUUUUUUGAAAUUUUCACACUGAAAAAAACCACCCAAAAAACCCAAAUGAUUCCACCCAAAAAAACGCCCCCCCAAGACAAAAUUUUUUUGUCUUUUCUCUCUGGGAUAAUACUUCUAAAAUUGGGAAAAAAAAAGCAAAUUUUAGGAUUUUCUCCUCACAGACCUCGGGAGCUUUUUUCCUGCCUUUGAUUUAAGGGAUUUCCAAAAAAAAAAAAAGAAAAAUAAACAAAAAAUUGCUAUUUUUUAAUGCGAGUUUUUAAAAUUAAUCCCAAAACCCCCCUGCGGAGCAGAAUUCCCAAAAUUUUUGGGGGGCACGGGGGGUUUUUUUUUAAAAAUCCGAUGUCCCCGGGAGCAUAUUCCACCUUUCCCGCGAGCCGGAGGAUCGUUAAUUUUAUUUUUUUUCACUUUUUCCCUCUGGAUUCUUUAAAAAUUUUUGGGGAAAACUCGAGAGUUUUGGGAAAGCCCCAAAUUUUUGGGAAAAAAACCCAGAUUUUUUUGGAGAGAAACCCAAAUUUUUGGGGAUAAGACCAGAUUUUUGGGGAAAAAAACCCAGAUUUUUUGGGGAGAAACCCAAAUUUUUGGGGAUAAGACGAGUUUUUUGGGGGAAAAAAAACAUAUUUUGGGAGAAACCCAAAUUUUUGGGGAAGAAACCCAAGAUUCUUGAGGAAAAACCCAGACUUUUUGGGGAAAACUCAAAAUUUCUGGGGAAGAACCCAGAUUUUUGGGGGAAAAACCCGAAUUUUUUGGGGAAGAAACCCCAAAUUUCUGGGGGAAACCCCAAAUUUUUGAGGAAAACCGCAAAUUUUUUGGGAAAAACCCGAAUUUUUUAGGCAAACCCCAAAAUUUUUUAGGGAAAAACCACCAGAAUUCCUGAGGGGAAAUGUGAGGGAAGCGCUGCCGGAGCCGUCGGAUCCGGGAUAAGGCCCCGAUCCCGGGGGUAUCGCUCUUUUAUAGUCACUUUUUUACAAAAAAAACAUGUAAAAAAAAGAAAAAAAAGCCGAAAAAACGCCGUGAGUUGAAUGUCGAGGUUUUUUUUUCCUUUUGUCGAUACCCCCCCGGGUUUUUUUUCCAACCCCCCCCUGGAAUUUGGGAAUUCUCACCAUUUUUUUUUGUUUUUUUCCCGAUGUUUUCCCGGGCGUCCUCCGCAGGUGCUUCCUGGUCAAGAUCUGAGUUUUCCGCCCCAAAAAAAAAAAAAAAAAAAAAAAAAAAUUAAAAAAAAAAAUAAAAACUCCACGCGUGCAGAUGUUACCAAAGUCAAAUAAAAGAAGAAUAAACGAUGCGAUGUUGGAUUUUA